UGAUAUUUAUUAUUGUAUUUUAAAAACAAUACAUACAAAUAAUACAUACAGCGGAAAAGUCUCAACUCUCACCAUCGCUAUUAUUUCCUUUCCUUUAGAAAAAAUACCCCACCAUGUCUCUCAACGAAGAAACCAUCCGCGCAGCUGUCUACUCUGGGUCUAUCGACCUCUUCGCUGCCCUUCUCUCUAAAGACCCUUCAAUUAUAAAUUAUCAAUUUGACAGACGUGGUACACCGCUCGCAUUAGCAUGUCAGAGCCAACAACCGGUCAACUUCCUUGAGUUUCUACUUAAGCAAGGCGCUGACCCGAAUCAAGAUCCCGACGUUGCACCAUUUCCGUUGGCUUCUGUGGCAGCUUUCUACAGCGACACCAGCGCUGCGGCACUUUUACUGGAGCAUGGCGCAAAUAUAGAAAACACAGGAGCGCUUGCAGCAGCUGCAGGAAGAGGGAACGAAAGUAUGGUGCGAUAUCUACUUGAGCAUGGUGCGCAGCAGGAUAAGGACGUUAUAGAAGGGGGAAUUCCUGAGUUGGCGUUGCAUAUUGCAGCGCGCAAAGGACACGUUGGAAUAGUAAAGAUGCUGCUGGAGCAUGGCGCAGACAUAGGGAAAAGAGACGCUGAGGGUAGAACGGCCCUCGAAGUCGUGAGAAAUGCUGAAGAGAAAGAUGGAAGUGAUUUGAGCGAAGUCCGGAGCCUCCUAACUAAGGAGUAAUUGGAAAGAGUUCUAGUUAAAUCAUUGUUUUAAAGUUAGAUUAAUUGAAUAAUUGAAUCAUGGUUUAUUCUCGUAGCUAGCAAACGGGGAUAUUCGAUUAAUUGGAAGAAGUUACUGUAGGAAGUAUCUGUUAAGAACCGUAAUAUUUUGAGAGACUGCUACUGUAUAGCUCUAUAGCUUCUUAAGACUGUUAUUUACUAUGUCCUCAG